GCAACCUGCAACAUCCGGGUCUUCUCGCAGCGCUUCUGCUCACCAACAGCUAACGGUGGCUAGCAAGCUGUCAAGUGGAGAGGCUGGGACAGACGUUUCAGCUUCCCCCUGACUUGGCUUUAUAAAUCCCCACGAAAAGAAAACAACGCUAAAUAUACCCGCGAUUACCUGCUGAGAUAAUGUAACGCAUCAAGGUCGUAUCCAAAAGAGGAACCUCCGCACUUGCACCAUUUAUAUAUGCACUGGGUCUUGUGUGACGAUUGCUCUUUGCUAGUUGGCUAACACUUACCCGAAGCUAAUAGCCCAGCAAAGCCCCACUUUCCUCGGUGUAAGUGACCCAUCCCGGUAACCUCACGCUUUUGUCACUGUUGCGGUCAACCACAAUUUUCGACAUUCGGUCUAAAGAAGGACAAAAUGGGAGCAUUUCUGGACAAACCAAAGAUGGAAAAGUACAAUUCCCAUGGUGAGGGUAACAGCCUGCAGUAUGGGCUGAGCAGUAUGCAGGGCUGGCGGGUAGAGAUGGAAGAUGCACACACAGCAGUGAUUGGCCUGCCUCAUGGUCUUGACCUCUGGUCAUUCUUUGCUGUAUAUGAUGGCCAUGCUGGCUCUCAGGUGGCCAAGUACUGUUGUGAGCACCUGUUGGAAUACAUCACCAGCAACUCAGACUUCCAAAGUGCUCUGCAGGAGCAUCCAUCGGUGAAAAGUGUAAAAAACGGCAUCCGCACAGGUUUCCUUGAGAUCGAUGAUCACAUGCGAACCAUCUUGGAGAAGAAGCACGGUGUGGACCGCAGUGGCUCCACAGCGGUCGGAGUGAUGGUUUCACCCAGCCAUGUCUACUUUAUUAACUGUGGGGAUUCACGGGGACUCCUGAGCAGGGGGGGAGCCGUGCAUUUCUUCACGCAGGAUCACAAACCCAACAACCCUCUGGAGAAGGAAAGGAUCCUGAAUGCUGGUGGCUCAGUCAUGAUCCAGCGAGUUAAUGGCUCCCUGGCCGUGUCUCGGGCCUUAGGAGAUUUCGACUACAAGUGUGUGCAUGGAAAAGGCCCCACAGAGCAACUAGUCUCUCCAGAGCCUGAAGUUUAUGCAAUAGAAAGAUGUGAAGCUGAAGAUGAAUUUAUUAUUUUAGCUUGUGAUGGCAUCUGGGAUGUCAUGGCCAAUGAAGAACUGUGUGACUUUGUCAGGUCAAGGUUAGAAGUCACAGAUGAUCUUGAAAGAGUCAGCAAUGAAAUUGUUGACACUUGCUUGUAUAAGGGAAGUCGGGACAAUAUGAGCGUUGUUUUAAUCUGUUUCCCUGGAGCGCCAAAGGUAUCCCCAGAGGCAGUUAAACGGGAGGCUGAGCUGGAUAAGUAUCUGGAAUCAAGAGUAGAAGACAUCCUCAAGAAGCAGGGGGAUGAAGGAGCACCAGAUUUGGUCCACGUCAUGAGGACGUUAGCAUCAGAAAGCAUCCCCAACCUUCCCCCUGGAGGAGAGCUUGCAAGCAAACGAAGUGUUAUUGAAGCGGUGUACAACAAACUCAACCCUUAUCGAAGCGAUGACACAGACUCAGCAUCCACAGAUGACAUGUGGUAACACAACCUCGUACCACUAACACAGCAUAGCGUUUACAAACCACCAUCCUCUCAAGACCCACAGCAGCUCAGCUCAGCAGUCUGUCUUGCCGUCACUCUGAGCUUUUGGUUUCUAAGAAGGGAAUUUCAUGGGAGGAGAGUGAGGAGGAAGAAGAAGAGGAGUUGCAUGCACACCAACCUGGAGAUAGUGCAACGCCAGUCCACUCUGGAGUUCAGGAUCCCCCACCGUUUUGUCUGCCCUUUGUGUUCACCCAUCCUAAUACUUCCCUCUAAAGUCAAACAUAACGAGUGAGUUCAUAAGGCUUUCUUACUUCACUUUUCUGGGGUUAAAUAAUCAUCUUAUGUAUUUUUUUUCUUGCUGUAAUUAAUUUGAUUCACAUUUCCUUGUGUGUUUUUGUAUAUUUCUGUUGUUGUGAAGUGCAAUUGUCCUGUACAAACAGCCUGUAUUUAAUGCAGCUUAAUUUUAAGUUAAAAAUGAAAGAAAUGAAAAAGAUCCUUUUAUGCACUAUCUGCCUUUUCCUGCUCUUCUGGAAGUCUAACCCAUUUCUUCUCCAUAGUGAAUAUUACUGCUUGUCCUCCAGGCACAACGCCUCUCUGUGCUUUUAUUUUCCUUUCUCCUCAGUUAGUCUAUGCUCCUUUUUAAGAAACGGGUAAAUUGUAUAGUUGACAGAACAGUAAGCUCUCUAUAUCAAAAACAUUUAUCACCUAAUUAUUACGCCCCCUCCCUCUGUCUCCUUGUGCUUUUUUUUAUUCUGCACAUGUUAAAAUAACAGGUUUCUUAGUCAUUUUGGACAUGUAAAGUGAAACAAAAUACUGUACCACUUUUUGCUUGACUAGACACCUGCAGAGUGUGCUUGGGCGCUUGUGUGUAUGUCCAUGCACGCAUACUUUUGUAUGAAGGUGGAUCACUCACAAUUUCCCAUGACCAGGCUGCAUUUUUUUAAGGGAAUUGCAAUGCAACACUUGCUGUCUCAAUCUUAUUCCGCAAGUUUCCAUCACAGAGUGUGUGCGCAUGUUCUGUUUGAACAAUUUGCAUUCAUUUUGCUGAGUUUUAGUGGGAUAACAAACUUUUCUUUUUCGAUAAUUCAUUAUUUAAGAAAGGGUUGAUAUUUUUUAAUUUUUCAACUCUGCUAAGCUUUAGGAAAACCUGCGCGUGUGUGUAAUGUCUUUUUUAUGUGACGUCCCACCUGUAUUGGGGGAAAUUUUUCUUUAUAUGGACUUUUUGGCAGGGCCACACAAAAAGAAAUGCAAGGAUGAGCUAUUUUUGCCCAAUUAUUGUGUGUUUGUGUGUCCCUCCCGCUCUCCAACAACACCUUUUUGUACAUUUUAAACAUGAUGUGCUAAUUUGACUAAUGUGAGCACUGACUAUUUUAGGAAGCGUCAGCGUAAGUGCGACCAUGGAGGAGAAACUGUUGGCUCAAAUACUUUAUAAACGCUGUCUUUAUUUUCUCUUUGUUUUAAACAGUUUUUGGGUGUCAGGGGGAAAUUCAUACCAAGAACAAAACAGCUGAUUGUAAUGAAUUGUCAUGGUUGUGUACACCAACCUUUUUUUGUGUGUUUAUUUUUAUGAGAUUUGAUGUGUGUCAACACAAGCCAGGCAGGACACAGAGUGCGGUUUGCUGCUAGCUCUUGAUUUUGUGUGUUUUUCCCCUCUUCGACUCUGCAAAGCCAACUAUAGUCACUGUCAGUAUCUGUAUUCACUCACAAGGCAGAUGCAUUUCUUUAAGAGAGUUUUUUUUUUUUUUUUCCAGAUUCUGCUAUUUUUUUGUCUAAAAUUUCAUUGUUGGAAAUUAAUGUAUGUAUAUAUUUUUGACUUUAACAUUCAAGGAAUAAAUAUGUUGUUUGAGAUAGAUGUUUUUUUUCCUCCCCCCACCAUGGACAAAAUAUAAUUCUGGUUGGUCACUAUUGAAAUCCUGUCUGUUAUAAGCUAAUCUAUAGUUCUGGAAAGUUCUAAUAUGAUAGUAUUGGUAUACACAAAAUGUAUGUGAAAAAAAAGACAAUCUUACAACAAUUUUUGUUUGUAUUAGGUUAUAAAGUGUUUAUUUUUCACUAAAUUCCUUCAUUUUCUAAUCUGCUGUGAUGGCAGAAAGGCAAUUUUACCGUACUUUUACUAACUUUUGGUGCUGUAAUGUAUAUGUGCAGCGAUGUAAACAAACACACAGGGUACAAACAAAUGGUGCCACUGCAACAAAGAAAAAAAACAAAUCAAGAUGGAGGUUGUGUGAUGAGCUCCAGUACAGUAUAUAGCUGCCAAGUAAACAUGUGGAAUUGGCCUGAAGACUUCAAAAGUUAUUAUUGUCAUGGGUAAAAUGUUGCAACAUUGUCACAUGUUUAAAAGUUGUGAAUAAUCCUGAUAAAGUGCUGGCUAAGUAAGUAUAAAUGUCCUAUUAUUGUGUGUGUGCGUGUGUUUUUGUGAGCAAAUAACACACUUAAAAAUGGGGGAUAAAAAGCAAAUAAAACAAAGACUUACAAUUAUGACUUUUGGGUGUUUGAAUACAGUAUUAGAUUUUUUAAAAUAUGUUUAAGCAAAACUAUUUUAAUAACUGCGCAUUGAUAAAUUAUAACAUUAAAAUAGUUAUGUAAGCUUUUGUGCUCGUCGUUGCCUGUUUUUUCCCCCUUUUUUUUUGCAACCAGCUCAGUGGCUUGUAAAAGAUUUUAUGUAUUUAUUUUUCUUUUAAUCUAGUCUUUCAUGCAGCACCCUCGCGUUGUCAGCAUCCAGCUUUGCUGUACAAUGAAGAAAAAACAGAAGUGACUUCAGUAUCUCUUUGUUUGGAUUUGUUUCUCAAGAGUGUUGAUUCUCGUUAAGGGUGGUUCAUUUCACUUAUCUCAAAUAUCCAUCACAUUGCUUUCACUCCCAAUAACAAAUCAUAAGGGAGCAAAAAAAAAAAAACCUCUUGGUUUUGCCAUUGAAAUAAAAUACCUCAUUACAAUUACAGGAAGUUAUUUUGCCUUCUGUUCCCUAGAUGCACAAGUCAGCUGAUGUGUGAAGACUAAUCUUUUUUUUGUUUGUUUGGCAAAAAGUAAAAAAAAAUCACCUUGAAUAGUCUUAGAUGUGUGGAGUGCAGCAGCCUGUGCCAACCUUUUAAAUUAAAAGUAAUCAUAUUUUAUUUAAAUUCGGAAGCAUCAUUGGCUUGAAUAGAAAUAUGAUUCCCAAAGUUCAGGGUUUAAGUACUUCAAUUAGGGUUUAUUACCAAGCCACACUCGAGAGAAAAAACUACAAUGAAGCAGUAAUUUAACAGAUUUAAGGCACAUAGUAGGAAUACUUCUAUUACCUGGAAAGUCAUAAUUUUAAGUUUGAAGUAAUAUAAUAAAUUGGUAAUUUUGCAGGAAUAUCAAAUGGCCAUGACAUGAACCUAUAACGAGAAACAGACAGCAUGUUAAAUGACCUCAUUCUUGCAGAGUUUACAACUUUUUUACUCGACAUAUUGCCAGUAUUGUUGUAAUAUUUCAAUCUUUUAAUCUGACUUUUCUUAUCUUAAAAAAACAAAACAAAACAUGUUUUUCCUAACAUUGUGUCCUUUUUAUCUUAACACCUUGGUCUUUAUUUUUUAAACAGGACUUACAAUUAUCAAAACAUUAACAACUUUUAAUUAAAAAAAUUCACAACAUUACAAGUUUUAUAUAUUUUAUCAUAUAUGCCUCUACUAGUAAUUUAAGUAAAAAAGAAUAAUUCAGAAAUGUGAUUUCACCGGUUAACUUUAAUAUACACCUUUUUAACCCACGACAUUACAACUUAAUUCUUGUAACGUGACACCCUUUUAACCAACGACAUUACAACUUAAUUCUUGUAACGUUACACCCUUUCAACCAUCAGCAUUACAACGUAAUUCUUGAACGUUACACCCUUUUAACCCACAACAUUACAACUUAAUUCUUGUAACGUUACAGCUUUUCAACCCACGACAUUACAACUUAAUUCUUGUAACGUUACACCCUUUUAACCGACGACAUUACAACUUAAUUCUUGUAACGUUAGACCCUUUUAACCAACAACAUUACAACUUAAUUCUUGUAACGUUACACCCUUUUAACCAACGACAUUACAACUUAAUUCUUGAACGUUACACCCUUUUAACCCACAACAUUACGACUUAAUUCUUGUAACGUUACAGCUUUUCACCCCACGACAUUACAACUUUAAAUCUUGUAACGUGAUACCCUUUUAACCAACGACAUUACAACUUAAUUCUUGUAACGUUACAGCUUUUCACCCCACGACAUUACAACUUUAAUUCUUGUAACGUGACACCCUUUUAACCAACGACAUUACAACUUAAUUCUUGUAAUGUUACACCCUUUUAACCAACAGCAUUACAACUUAAUUCUUGAACGUUACACCCUUUUAACCCACAACAUUACAACUUAAUUAUUGUAACGUUACAGCUUUUCAACCCACGACAUUACAACUUAAUUCUUGUAACGUUACACCCUUUUAACCGACGGCAUUACAACUUAAUUCUUGUAACGUUACACCCUUUUAACCAACAACAUUACAACUUAAUUCUUGUAACGUUACAGCUUUUCACCCCACGACAUUACAACUUUAAUUCUUGUAACGUGACACCCUUUUAACCAACGACAUUACAACUUAAUUCUUGUAACGUUACAGCUUUUCACCCCACGACAUUACAACUUUAAUUCUUGUAACGUGACACCCUUUUAACCAACGACAUUACAACUUAAUUCUUGUAACGUUACACCCUUUUAACCAACGACAUUACAACUUAAUUCUUGUAACGUUACACACUUUUAACUAACGAUAUCAACUUAAUUCUUGUAACGUUACACCCUUUUAACCCAAAAUAUUACAACUUAACUCUUGUAACUUUACACCCUUUUAACCCACAACAUUACAACUUAAUUCUUGUAACGUUACACCCUUUUAACCGACAACAUUACAACUUAAUUCUUGUAACGUUACACCCUUUUAACCCUCAACAUUACAACUUUAUUCUUGUAACGUUACACCCUUUUAACCCACAACAUUACAACUUAAUUCUUGUAAAGUUACAUCCUUUUAACCCACGACAUUACAAUUGAAUUCUUGUAAGGUUACACCCUUUUAACCCACAAUAUUUCUUCUCGUAAAUUCUGACAAUUUUUCAUCACAUUUAAACCUUUAUACUCAAACUAGUGUAAUAAUUAUUGUAAGAUAACGCCUUUACUCUUGUAACAUUACACAUGUUUCUAAUAUAACUUUAAAAAUAAAUUACUUUUUUCUUAUAACAUGAUACGUUUUUAUUCAUAAAAUUACCUCCAGUAACAUCUUUCUUUUCACAUUGGCUUGUUUCUUGUUUUAUUUUUGUAAUAUGACAACAUUCAAACUUAAUACUGCCACUAUACUCAUGUAACAUUCUGAUAUUUACAUAACAUGUCCUUUCUCUAAAAAUAUGACUUUAUUCUCAUAACAUAACAUGACAAUUCAUUUUUGUAAAAAAUACCUCCAGUAACAUUGCAAUCUUUCUUGUUAGGUUAUUUUUGUAAUAUUACGAUUUUUAUACUUAAUACUGCCACUACUGCCAUAACAUUGUGACGUAAUAUUUUUUACAUACGUUGUGUCCUUUCUUUAAAAAUGACGUCGGUCUGCUCACAUGAUGUUGUUCUUAUAACAUUACAGUACUUAAUUUUUGUAACAGUACACCUUUUACUUGUAAUACUGCCACUAUAGUCCCGUAACAUGGCGACUAUUCUCAAGGAUUCAAGGAGCUUUAUUGCUUCUUUUCAUAACAUUGUGACUUUUUUACUUUUCUUUUUGCAUUAUAACUUUGUUUUUGUAACAUUACCACGUUAUUUUCGUAACAUUCUGACUUGCUUGUCUUACUGCCACAAUUUAACAUUGUGACUAUUCUUGCGGAAUUACAUUUUUUCUAUAGGCUGUCAAAAAUAAAAGCGUUGUUUCAUGUGAUAAAUCACACAAAUGUUUGCAUUAAUCAUGUUUUUAAACAGAUGAAUCACACAUACAGUAUAUGUGCUCCUUUGCCAUGGUUACCUGGAAGGCAGCAUUGGUUUUAAUCGGUCAGUGAUGUGCUGGUUGGCAAAUUUCACUCCAAAAUGCUCCCUGACUGGACUUUAGAUAAAACUGUUACCAAGUUUUGAACAAAUAAAUGACAUGCAUUCAAGUAAAACAUGUUAAAAAAAAAUCUGGCAACACAAUUACAUGUGUGUGCAAAUAUUGGGGUCUUUUUUUUAACUUAAUUGAAAUCAUGCAAACAAGUAAUAACCUGUGAUUAAUUAAAAUUCAAAUGUGUGAUUAAUCAUUUGGCAGCACAAUUUUUUUCAUAAAAUUGCGACUUUUCUCUAAGUAUGCAGGGCUUUGUACUUGUAACUUUACGAUUUUAGUUUCACAACAUUACGACUUUUACACCUGCAAUAAUGCCUCUAUUACAGCAAUAUUGCAACUAUUCGUGCAGCCAGUGAUGUGCGAUACUGCUGAUUUUCAAUUCCGAUCCGAUACCGAGUAAAUUCAGGCUAGUAUCGGCAAUACAGAUCCUAUACCGAUACUUUAUGCAAAUAUACUUUAUGUGUCUGGUAAAAUAAAACAAAUAGUGUAAUCGAAAUGUUGCUUAUCCCGUGGCAUCAUCUUCAAACGAUAUAAAAUCGAAAGAGAAGCUGGCGUCAUCCUGCACUGACUGCGUUAUUUAUAUUCAACUUUUUACUAUGCAGUGUCUCCAACUAGUGUCACACAAAAGGAUACACACACUUGCCGUUUUAGAAUACUGAGUGACUCAUUUUAAUUGCCAAUAUGUUUUUUAAUUAAACGGUUUGCAAUGGCUGUUUUAUUGCAAUUGCUAUGUAUAAUUUAAUGGCGCCUUGAUUAUAAAUUAUUUAGGAAACUUAACGUGAAUAAAUAUAUAAUCUUUUUUUGCCUAUGUGAGAUUAGUGUAUUUUAUAUGUAUAUUUUUUUUCUUACCAAUCACGUUUCAUUUAUCUCAAUGGUUUAGUUACUUUACAUAGUGUUAUGGUUAAUGAUAUAUAUUAUCUCAAAUAACUUAAGUCCUAUUAUUUUGAUUUGAAAAUCGAUAUUGGAACAUAAAGAUUUGGUAUCAGCAGUAUUGAUAUUUCAGUAUGGAUCCGCACAUCAUUACUUACAGCAUUACGAUAUGUUCUUUAAACUUUUCUCUAAAUAUUUGAUUUCAUUCCGGUAAUAUCAGGCUUUGUUCUUUUUUGUGGUCAUUAGAAAUGUUUUUUUCCUUUUCAGUGUGGCUGUAGAACUACUUGGAGGAUAAUAUACAGUAGGUGUGAAUACGUAAGGUAGUCAUAUGCACGGUAUUCAGAAAAUGGAAAUGUACAUAAAAAGACUUGGCAUAGUUGCCUGGACAGAUCGUCUUAUUUCUUCUAAGAAGCAUGUGCAGGCAAAUAUAAGGAGAUUUGAAUUGUAUUGCUUGAACAUAUCAAUGUUCUUUGUUGUGUGACCCCUUAGCGCAGUGGUUCAUUUGCACCGCCUCGCCCCAGCCUCACAUGUCAUGAAUAAGCUCACCGAUUUGCCUUACCCUUAUGUCAUGUUGUUCCCUAAAAUACCUGUUGAACGCUGCUGGUGUUCAUGCUAAGGUUCUUAAGUUAUCAAACUCUUCUCUGUUUGCCCCCUGCUGCUGUGUCAUACGUUCCAUGUGUUCUAAUUGCAUUGCAAGUGUCUGGUUACCUUAAGGAAUAGCUGUCGAUGAAUAUUGUCAAUGUUGAUUCACUUCUGUUACCAUAAUUGUAUGUUUGUAUGCUGUUUCAGUGCCAAUGGAAUGACCAAAAAAAGGAUACAAUUGUAUUAUUUGUGUUGAUCGAACAAAUUGCAUUUCUGGCUUGUGGAUUGAUGCAUUUCUCUCUUUGCCCCUUCCUUUUUCUACCCUUCCUACUUUCUUUCUUUGUUUCUUUUUAUAGCCUUUCAAGUUGGAAUAAGUUUUCUAGUUUGCAGAAUGUAUUACCAAAUAAAUGGGUUGUUGUCA